GAGCAAAUGUUCCCAAAAUUGUAUUUUCUUUCCAAAACUCUAUCCCCUUUGACAAGAAUUUGACUUCAAAUGGCUUCCAAUCUUCUAAAAUUCCAUACACAAUCUAUCCAAAUUUCCCAUUCUUACAAAAGUUCCUUGAGCUCUUUAGGAUCAAAACAACAACUUAACCAUCUUUAUCACUCUGUUUUCUUCAGAAAACCCAAGUCAGAAUUUUCACCUCUUCAAUGUUCACUUUCUUCUCCUACCCCACCUACAACCAAAGAAGAUGCCAUUUCUCAAGCAAAAUUCUCUCUUUCAACCACUUUAGAGAAACCCCUUAACAAUCCCAAACUCAUUGGGAGAAUCAAGAAACUCAAACAACCAAGAUUUCGUGUUGAAAUUCCAGUUGUUGAUGACUCCUCCUCUGCACUUUCCCAACUUGCUCUUGAUAUUUUUGGAGAAAUGCCCAUAAAAAAGAAAUCCCCAAAAAUCAAGAUUCUGCUUUUAUGGCCUAACCAAAGCUUAACCCAAGCUGCACAAACAGCCUUUGAGAAGAAAUCUUCAAACCCCAUUAUUGAAAAUUUAGAUAUUUCAUCAAGAAUUGAAAUUUCUGCAGAUGUGACAGUGUUUAUGGCUCCAGAGGCUUCAAGAUUGACUGUAAUGAAGGAAAUUGCUGAUACAUUGUACCCAAAGCCUUUGGUGAUUUUCAAUCCUAAAUGGGGUUUUGAUGAAGAGAGUAGUUUUGGUGAGCUGAGUGGAUUUGUGAGUUCAUUUGAGGUUGUGUAUUCAUUUAUGGGAUUGGAGGUUAGAGGGAUAUUGAGUAAUAGAAAAGGGGUGAUGUUUAAAUGUGUUAAAGAUGGUGUUUUGAGUGGUGAAAAAUGGUAUGUGUUUGUUGAAGAAGAUGGAGAGUUGAAGGUGGUUUCAAGGUUUAAAACAAGGCCAUCAAUUGUUGAAGUUGAGAAUGUUUUGUAUAACUUGAUGGCUGUGAAUUCGCCAAUUACGAAAUCAGCAAAGUUCUUGAAGGAUUUGAUGUCAAAUGUAAGGGGAAAAAAGUAAAAGCACAAGUUAUUCAAGGUAUUAGAACUCACAUCUUUUCAACUUUGUGUAGCUUUUGUUUGUUUUAUCAAUACCCUCGAAUAGUAUUGUGAUUGUUUUGGAUUGAACCUUUGCAAUGAUAUUAUUGUUUCGAGCCUA